AUGGGGACAGGGCUACGCAGCCAGUCCUUGCGAGGCCCACGGCCCUCCUACGGCAAGCUCCAGGAGGCUUGGGGGAAGCCCCUGCGACGGUCGCUGAGCCUCAGACAGGGUCGUGAGAAGUCCAGACCCUCAGAUCGAGACCCGGAAGGACUGGACUCCUUUGAUCAGGAGCGGCGGCCAGGGGGCCUGGGGGACACGGAGCAGCUAAUCCAAGCUCAGCGAGGAGGCAGCCGGCGGUGGCUGAAGCAAUAUCAACAGCAGGUGAGGAGACGGUGGGAGAGCUUUGUGGCCAGCUUCCCCGCAGUGACCCUGAGCAGGCCAGCCUCUCCGCAGCCUCCUCUGGCACCACCAGCUGAGGAUGCUGGGAGCGAUGGUGGCCCCUGCUGUGCUCGAUGA